AUGACUCAGGACCCGGGAGUGACUCAAGACCGGGGGGUGACUCAGGACCAGGGGGAGACUCAGGACCAGGGGGAGACUCAGGACCAGGGGGACCAGGGAGUGACUCAAGACCAGGGGGUGACUCAGGACCAGGGGGAGACUCAGGACCAGGGCGUGACUCAGGACCAGGGGGAGACUCAGGACGAGGGCGUGACUCAGGAUCAGGGGGUGACUCAGGACCAGGGGGUGACUCAGGAUCUGCCAUGGCACAUCAUUGCACAAUGA